AACCAAAAUGGCGAACGAGAUGACAUCCACAGCACCGGGUUCUGUACAGUGUCCGGUUUGUUUUCAAGACUUCACGCCCUCUACGAUUAAUGGACACCUCGACGUGUGCUUGUUGAACACUGUGGCGGACAGCGGUCCGUCAACAACUGACGGGACCGAACCUCCCAUAAAGAAAUCUCGCAUUAGUGCCGAGGCUGCUUCCCCUAGCACCAGUGUCAACAGACCAACGGUCAGCUCACCUUCCUCCUCCUCGUCCAGGUCGGGUACAACGUCAUCUUCUGUAUUUUCUCUGUUUCAGGGCAAUAAGAGUAAAACUCCGACUCAGAGUGAACGUAUUGGUGCACUGGCAGGUAAACAAACUGCUAACAAGGGACUUAAACGUACUUUGCUGAGGGACUCCGAGCCUGGACCUGCCGGUUCAGAUAACGGCCAACUCCCGGGAUCAAACGGGCCAGCAAUGAAAAUUUCAAGUAGUAUCCCUCCGCGGAGCCUGCUAACCAUGGAUAAACCGCUGGCAGACACGCUGAGACCAAACACGCUGGAGGAGUACUUCGGCCAGAGCAAAGUAGUAGGCCAGGAAACACUCCUCCGUUCACUUCUGGACUCCCAGGAAAUACCAUCAUUGAUCCUGUGGGGACCACCAGGUUGCGGAAAGACCACUCUGGCUCACAUUAUUGCCAGCACCAGCAAAAAGAAGGGGACGGCCCGUUUUAUGAGUCUUUCUGCCACCAGUGCGUCUGUCAGUGAUGUUAGAGAGGUGAUCAAGCAGGCCCAGAAUGAGCUGCGACUGUGCAAGAGGAAGACCAUCCUGUUCAUUGAUGAAAUUCACCGCUUCAACAAAUCCCAACAGGACACCUUCCUUCCUCAUGUGGAGUGUGGGACCGUUAUUCUGAUCGGGGCAACCACAGAAAAUCCAUCUUUCCAGGUAAAUUCUGCCUUGUUGAGCAGGUGCAGGGUUCUAGUCCUGGAGAGACUCUCUGUGGAGGCAAUGGGUUCGAUUCUGAACAGGGCUGUCGAUAUACUGGGCAUCAGAGUACCGGAACGAGAAACUGAGGAUCUAGACCAAUCAGAUGAACAUGGGCCAAAGAUCUUCAUUGAACAAAAAGCCCUGGACACUAUAGCUUUUCUUUGUGAUGGGGACGCCAGAGUCGGACUCAAUUGUCUGCAACUGGCUGUUCAGGCUCAGGUGAACUCGGCCCGAUACGUCUCAUCAGAACAGGGUGGUUCUCAGAAAAUACUGGUGAAGGAGGAGCACAUCAAGGAAGCUCUUCAGAGGUCCCACAUUCUCUAUGACAAAGCUGGUGAAGAGCAUUAUAACUGCAUCUCAGCAUUGCACAAGUCCUUGAGAGGCUCCCAUGAGAAUGCAUCUCUCUACUGGCUGGGCCGCAUGCUGGAGGGGGGUGAGGAUCCUCUCUAUGUGGCUCGCAGACUGGUCCGCUUUGCUAGCGAGGAUAUUGGUUUGGCUGAUCCUGCUGCUCUUCCUCAGGCUGUGUCUGCCUUUCAAGCCUGUCACUUUAUUGGCAUGCCUGAAUGUGAGGUGAUCUUGGCUCAGUGUGUAGUUUAUAUGGCACGAGCACCUAAGUCCGUGGAUGUCUACAAGGCCUAUGCUAACGUGAAGUCCUGUUUGAGGAAUCACAAAGGUCCCCUACCUCCCGUCCCUCUGCAUCUCCGCAACGCCCCCACCAGGCUGAUGAAACAGCUGGGCUAUGCUAAAGGCUACAAAUACAACCCAGCCUUCAGUGGCACUGUGGAGCAGGAGUACUUACCAGAGGAGCUACGGGAUGUAGACUUCUUUACGUGGACACCCUCAGGCCCCUGAGGGCGUGUGGCAAUGACUGACAAAAUAGUAUAAGUCAAAACUGGGGCUGCUCAAUGAGAGCAGUCUUGUAAAAUGACCAAUAAUGGGGAUGAAUGUAAGGCUUAUGCUGCAGAUCUGAGUUAAUUUUAUGGUCUUGUUGUGUUUUCUGCAUUGAUUAACUGCUGAGGGAAAAGAAGGAAUAACAUCCAUCAGGAUCACCACUAACCAUCAUGUAACAUUUAAUGACUUGUUGAUUUUUUUAAUGAAUAUGUUAUUAAAGUACUCAAACAUAUACAGUUAUUUUUAGAUCUAUAUUGGUUUAAACAGAAUAGAUAAACAAAACGUACAGUAUGCACACAGUAAAGCUUUGUAUUUCUAAAAUACACCUUUCUAUGUUGACCAUGUUCAAAACAUGUUUGUUUACCUUUGUUCUGUCCAUGUAACGUUUUCCACUUUGCAUAAACUUAUUAAAAUGUU